AUGAAGCUCCUGCUGUUGACCUUGGCCGCACUGCUGCUCUUGUCCCAGCUCACUCCAGGUGAGGCUCAGAAAUGCUGGAACCUCCAUGGCAAGUGCCGUCACCGAUGCUCCAGGAAGGAGAGUGUCUACGUCUACUGCACCAACGGGAAGAUGUGCUGCGUGAAGCCCAAAUACCAACCGAAGCCAAAGCCCUGGAUAUUUUAA